AUGAUUCCCGCCGUUUUUGCCGCGGCCGCAGCUGUCGCUAACGGGUCCGCAGCUGUCGCCAACGGGUCCGCAGCUGUCGCCAACGGGUCCGCAGCUGUCGCCAACGGGUCCGCAGCUGUCGCCAACGAGUUCGCAGGUGUCGCCAACGGGUCCGCAGCUGUCGCCAAUAUCGACAGAGCGAGAGGGGAAGGAAGAAAAGGAGGGGACGGCGGAAAUGGGGACGAGACGGGGAGGGGGAACGGAGGAAAUGUGGGGUAG